AUGGCAAAAAUGUCGCCCAAGUCAGUUUUUCACUUGUCGCUAACGAGUGCUGAGGAGUUAAAUGAGGCUUCUCUUCACUGCGGAACAAAGACAUCGGAGCUUCCCUCGUUUCUUGCACGCGGCGAGUUGGUGACUUGCACCCCCCCACGAGUAGGAAAUGAUUCCAAAAUUGUGGCAACGCGUCAUUUAACUUUGCUAGAGCGCCGAGAAAAGAAGCUUUGCAGCGCCAGUUUUCCCAGCCUGAACGCAGAAACGUUGCUGGACAACCCUCGCGUCGCCGCGGCACGAGAUGAUGCCGAUGAAGGUUUGAUGCCUCGCGGUUGGUCUCUCACACAUGUGGGGAAGAAACUGAGUUCGUCGUCGUCAAAUGGAAAGGUGAAACUAGUGAGCUACAACAUCCUAGCCCAGCGUUUAGUGUCCACGGAGCUGUACCCGCACUGCCCCAUGUUUGCUCUCGCCGAGGACUACCGAUGUUCCCUUCUGAAAGAGGAAUUAGCGUGUGCCGCCCCUGAUAUUAUUGCGCUUCAGGAGAUCAGCGUUGACGUGUUUGAAAAACCAGGUUUGCUCGGCGACUGGUUGCGCUCGAAGCACCGAUUCGUCGGGGAUCACGUUGUUGUCACCGACACACGCGGACGCCCAAGGUACGAGAGGGACGACCCCACUGGGAAUACGGGCGAUGCCCGUGCUAACGAGGAAGCAGAUGUAUCCGCUCCGCAGCGCGGGGGGAGGCCUGUGUCACCGGCGAAGGCCGUUUGUUCUGCCGGCGGCAGGGAGCUCCGGAAACGCCCAGAGAUGGAGGGCGUGUGUGUGCUGUACUUGGAGGACCGUUUUGAUUCUUGCGAAGUUGUGCCUAUCCGAUUUAAUGAGAUUGCCGCCGCUGACGAGCAGCUCACGCAGCGUGAGCGUCGAUCCCUUCAGGCGGCAUCACACAAUGUUGCCCUGAUUUCUGUUUUGCGCGACCGUGUUGUGCCCAAUAUGAUUUACUUGAUUGGCACCGUGCACCUCAUUUGGAACCGCACAGAGUGCCAGUUGUGGCAGAUGCAUCAUUUACUUCGCGAGAUGGAGAAGCUAAAAGAGAAAUAUGAGACGGCUGCCGGUGGCGGGAAAGAUGAGACACCGCGGGUUUCACUAGUGCUGGCGGGCGAUUUUAACUCGGACGCAGUGUCUCCUCCUAUUCGCUAUGCCUUGACUGGUGUGCCGCCACCUGGAAGUGAGGUGAUGAAGUAUUGGAAACUACCAGAGGAGGGGGAGCAGGAGGCGAAUGACCCAGAGUCUGGAGAGGCGGAUUUCCCGUCUCGGUUGCUUAACAGCUCCACGGGUGUGACGGCUGAAGGGCAGCAGCAGCAGCAGGAGCAGAAGAAGCUAGACGGCACGCGAAAAAGGUACCGGAUUACUGACACCGUCGAGCACGCGCUUGCCUUUAGUGAUAGCUACGCCACGUACCGCGAGCGACACCCGCGGCAUGUGUCUACAGUGAAUCCGUCCUCCAACGGGGAGGGAGGGGUGCUAGACCACAUUCUCGUUGACGAACGGCACGUUGUGUGCACGUCCGUUAUGAGGCUCUCUGGGUACACGGAACUGCCGACGAAGGAUUGCCCCAGUGACCACUACCCUGUGGGAGUCACCAUUCUCCCCCGCACUUCACUGAAAUGA